AUGUUUGCUUCAGAUUUUGUUAUUUUUGCAUCUUUCGGUGUGUUAUGCACACUAGCGUUAAGUGUCAGGGAUGGAGAGAAUGUUAAGAGAAUGCAGGUUUUAAAAUACAAUAGUAAGACAAACCGUAACAACAUUAACAUUAAACAAGUGGUGGAGUCUCAGUCUGCAGUGAACGACAGCCAGCUCUACAGCCACAAAAAUGUCCCGCUGCUUCAGUUUAUGCGCGAUAAUUUCAAGGCUCUGUCGUGGAACACCAAAACACAGGUCAACUCGUUCAUCUGGAAGAAUUGUGGCAGUAGUUCCGAUCUGCUUGUGGUCAAUGCACUGAGUGUGACUCCUGAUCCUGUCAGUCUGCCUGGAACUAUUGGGCUGAAGUUUGAUGUUACCAUCCAGGAGACGUUCACAGCCCCCUUAAAGCUUGCUGUUGUGUUGAAAAAGUAUGAAGAAUUCUUCUGGCUUACCAUACCUUGCAUUGAUGACAUGGGUUCAUGCACAUAUGAUGAUAUCUGCCCAAAACUGGCCAAGAUCACUUGUCCUAAACAGUUUGGGACUACAAUUCCAUGCAAAUGUCCUUUUACCAAGGGUAGAUACAGUUUGCCGUCAAGUUCCUUCACUGUGCCGGUGCAUGUUCCUGCUGGAAAAUACUUAGUACAGGCCAGAUUGUCGUACGGAUCAAAAGCUGUCAACUGUAUUGAAAUCACUUCAACAUUGCUUAGAUGGCAAUGA